AAGGCCGUUGGCCAAACCCUUAAAAGCUCCAUUUCCGGGUUUCAGACGGGAAAUAAUUCACUUUCCGUCCUCCUUCCUCAUAAAACUUUUAAGCUCUUAUCUCACAGGUGUACUGGGAUAGAGAGUUUUGAUAGGUUUCUUAAUUCACAUUUCGAAGUUGGGUUAAUCCCCAACUGCCAAGCCAAAAAGAUAUGUCUCAAUCCCCGGAAAACGUUCAGGACCCGCUUAAACCGUGGAAAUACAUACUCUUCCCUCCCUUAAAAGCCACCGAUGCUUUGACUGUAUUCAUGAAGGGCUUUUUUGUAGUAUGCCUCGUUGCUUCCAUCUCUCUCGUCGCCUUGUCAUAUUUCUCCACCACAACUAAUUACAGAAGGUGUUCAGGUUGUGAGGAUCAAGCCCCCCUCGUACACUCCGCUAGUGAUUAUCACACUAAUGGAGAAACUCAGAUUUCUCAUAUUCUUUUUGGUAUUGGGGGCUCCGCUAAGACAUGGAACAAUCGCCGUCGGUACAAUGAACUGUGGUGGAGGCCCAAUAUCACUCGGGGGUUCGUUUGGCUUGAUGAAGAGCUUGCCGAAGAUAUGAAAUGGCCUGAGACUUCACCGCCGUAUAAAGUCUCAGAGGACACAUCUGGGUUCAAGUACACCAGCGGGUACGGGUCUCGGUCGGCGGUGCGCAUCGCGCGGAUAGUGAAGCAGAGUUUCGAGCUUGGGGUAGACAACGUAAGGUGGUUCGUAAUGGGUGACGACGAUACGGUGUUUUUCACCGAGAAUCUGGUGACUGUGCUGAGCAAGUAUGAUCACAACCAGAUGUACUACGUUGGUGGGAUUUCGGAGAGCGUGGAGCAGGACGUGAUACACUCCUACACUAUGGGCUACGGCGGCGGGGGGUUCGCCAUCAGCUACCCUCUCGCCGCUGAGCUUGUGAGGGUGUUGGAUGGCUGCAUUAAUCGCUACGCCUCUUUCUACGGCUCUGAUCAGAAGAUUGGGGGUUGCAUGAGCGAGAUUGGCGUGCCAAUCACCAGGGAGCUCGGUUUCCAUCAGUUGGACAUACGUGGAAACCCGUAUGGAUUGCUUGCCGCGCACCCAUUGGCGCCACUGGUGUCACUGCACCAUCUGGACUACGUGCAGCCCCUGUUUCCGGGCACCAAUCGCAUUGACUCCGUCAAGAUUCUGGUUGAGGCUUACAGGUCCGACCCAAGUCGGGCACUGCAACACAGCUUCUGCUACGACCUUAAGCGGAAUUGGUCAAUUUCCGUAUCCUGGGGCUACACCAUUCAGUUGUACCCAUCCUUGGUGACGGCGAAAGAUCUGGCCACGCCCCUGCAGACAUUCUUAACUUGGAGGUCCUGGAGUCAAGACCCAUUUACGUUCAAUACCAGGGUCCUCAGCCUGGAUCCGUGCAAGAGACCCGUCACGUACUUCUUUGACGGCGUUACGAAGGUUGGUGAUGGUGGGACCAUGACUUCGUACCUGAGGCCUCCGCAGCCUAGGAAACAAUGUGGGAACGGCAAGUAUCGUCCUGCCUUGUCCGUUCAGAUGUUCAAUGUCUCUGCGCCCAUUUUAGAUCCCAACAUAUGGAAGAAGGCACCACGUAGACAAUGUUGCGAGGUGAUCAACGGAGGAGACAGGGCCGGCGUUGUGCGGAUGGAAAUAAGGGGCUGCAGUCGGUGGGAAUCGGUAACACCCCCCUGAGGACGAUGGUUAGCAAGUUCAACUUCCGGAUGACUUUCAUAGGAGAACAUUUUGUUCCCAAAGGAUACCCGUGUGGAAAGGAGUUCAUAUGCCGCCAAAUAAGUCCGACAAUUCUGGAAACAUAACGUCAUACGUGUACAUUCUCCACGUUGUUCCUUUCUUUUUUUUUCUUUUUUUGGGUGGGAGGGGGGUUGUUGGGGAGGAGGAGCGGGGGCUGGGAAUUUUUAAAGAGUAGCGGUAAGACUAAAUAAGUUUAAACGUCGUCGGUUCGGGGAAGACAAACUCGCCUCAAAUCCUCCUCUAAUGAGGCAGGCUAAAAGUUCAUUAGGACAGUUUACGAAAAGUAACGAAAGGGACUUCCACAACCUAUGCCCUACUAAAUUUGGCAGCUAGUCCGCACUUCUGCUUGAUCUUGAUUUGAUAGAACUGAUGCAUCAAGAAACCUAGAAUUUUUAGAAAGUAAUGGCAACAAAUUCACGGGUAUCAAUACGAGUGCCAUUAAUUAAAGUUACAAUCUCUCUGAAAUUGGUAUGGAGCAAAUGGAUGUUACAAGGAGAAGGGUUAAUUCAAGGCCAUCCCUUAGCCCCAUGGCUCUGCCACAAGUUUCAGGUGAACGAACCAUCCCUGAUUAUACCUCCUGCUCCCACCUUGCCUCGAUUCCUGAAGGGAGAACCUGUUGAACUGCCUGGAUUUCCUCAACGUGUAACCCGCAUUUUUUCUGUUUUUUGGGAUGUCCUUUUUAUUUUAGCCUUUGUUCCUUCCUAUGCUCAUUACUAAAGUAGCGCACUUACUAGAAUUAUAUAUAA